UCUGUUCUCUAUCAUGGUCGAUUCAGUCUCUGCUGACACAGAAGCUCAAAGCUCUUGCGAUCCAAGCAGCAAGCGCGGUGGCUGGAUCACCUUUCCCUUCAUGAUCGCUACGUUUUUAGGCAUGUCCAUAACUUCAUUCGGAUGGGUAACGAACUUGAUCGUUUUCUUGAUAGAAGAAUUCAACAUCAAGAAGAUCGCUGCGGCUCAGAUCUCAAAUAUUGCCAAUGGAUGUCUCAGCAUGUUGCCUGUUGUUGCAGCCAUUCUAGCUGAUUCUUUCUUCGGUAACAUUCCCGUCAUCUCGGUCUCUGCCUUCAUAUCACUACUUGGCAUCCUUCUCUUGACUCUGAUUGCAUCAUUAGACUGGUUGAGACCCCGACCGUGUGAGACAGGCUCCAUCCUAUGCGAAUCACCAUCGAAACUACAGCUCGGGAUCUUAUAUACAGCUUUAGUUCUACUGACAAUUGGAUCAGGAGGGACGCGGUUCACCUUAGCAUCCGCGGGUGCAAACCAAUAUAAGAAACUUAAAGAUAAAGGAAGCUUCUUCAACUGGUACUUCCUCACACUAUACGUUGGAGCUAUUAUUAGCGCAACAGCUAUUGUAUAUACACAGGACAAUGCUAGCUGGAAACUUGGGUUUGGUAUCUGCGCAGCUGCUAAUUUGACCAGUUUCAUUGUUUUCGUCUCUGGUAAGAGAUUCUACAAGCAUGAAAAACCUAUGGUAAGUCCCUUCACAAGCCUGAUCCGCGUUGUAGUCGCUGCUACCGCAAAGAGAAAGGUAGUGAUUUUAACCAGAGAAGACCAGUAUCACCGUGGGCUAGGAACAGAGGCCAACACUUCUGCUGCCAUGCCCUCGGAGAGAUUGAGGUUCUUGAACCGUGCCGCUUUGAUGACCAAAGAUGAUGUAAAUAACAUUAGCGGCUCAGUUAAUAACAUCUGGAGGCUAUGCACUGUGCAAGAAGUAGAAGAUUUGAAAGCCGUUCUCCGCGUUUUUCCAUUGUGGCUAGCCAUAAUUUUCGUUAGUGUUCCCAUGGUGAUGCAGUCAAGCUUGAUUGUACUCCAAGCUUUAGUCACAGACCGUGGGCUUGGCCCUCAUUUCGAAGUCCCGGCCGGGUCACUUCAAGUCAUUGUACUCAUCUCUGCAUGCAUCGUUAUCAUGAUGAACAACUGGCUAGUCUAUCCGAUGUACCAGAAACUAACCCAUAAGCCGCUAACACCGCUUCAAAAAGUUGGCAUAGGUCAGGUACUCACCAUCCUAAGCAUGGCAGUCUCUGCGGUUGUGGAAGCAAAGAGGUUGAAAACAAUUGAAACUGAGCAUCUCAUGUCAGUUCUAUGGCUGUUUCCUCCCCUCGUAAUAGUAGGAGUUGGCGAAGCCUUCCAGUUUCCAGCCAAUAUUGAAUUCUUCUAUGGAGAAUUCCCUGAGUCUUUAAGGAACACCGCGACUUCAUUGACCUCGGUGGUGAUUGGAAUCUCUUUCUAUAUCAGCACAGCACUCAUCCAUCUUAUCCAGAGGACCACCAAGUGGUUACCAAACGACAUUAACCACGGAAGAGUUGACAACGUUUACUGGGUAUUAGUCAUUGUAGGAGUCUUGAAUUUUGGUUAUUUCAUUGUCUGCGCUUGGUUUUACAAAUACAGAAACCUGAAAAAUGAAGAUCAUGAACAAGAUCCAAAAGAUGUUACAACCUAA